AUGAGGAAAAUCACUAAAUCAACAAUUAUAGGCAUCAAAAGGAAACCAAGUGAUGAAAAUAAAGAAAAUGAAUUGGGCAACUCAUCAUCAAGGAAUAAUUCUGCUCAAGGAAAACAACAGCCUCCGGCAAGAAAUCCUUCCCGCAUUCCUCUAGGAGGGUGUUUGUCGCAAAACAUCACACCCUUGAGUAACAUGACUAACGCAAAUCAUUUCGGUUGCUCAUCUUUUACGAAUAAUGCUGCUCAAGAUCAAGACCAACGGACGACAGCUACUCCUUACACUAAUCCCCAGCGAGGAUGUUUGUCUGAAAAUAUCACACCAUUGAGUAACAUCACUACCGUACGGCAGUGCAAUACACAAAUAGGUCCAAGCAAUUGCCAGAAAUUUUUUAUUGUAGAUAAACAAAAUCCGGGUUCGACGAUAACACAAGAUGAAUUGGCAAUUCGUAAACCAUUAGAUAAAUAUGCAAUUGUCGAAGACCAUGUAACAACCAGAGACUUGCUACCUGCCUUUGAAGAUGAAAGUAACAAUACAAUGAGCGAUGUCCCAAAUCAGAACAUAGAUGAUGCAAAUAUAUCGGGUAACGCUGUUAGGCAGACCUCGGAAAUUGGGACAUCCUCUGGUCCACAACAUGGUCAAUACUGCGAUUUUGGUGAUGCAACGAAUCAGUGCGUCCAUUGUGGGGCUCUGUUUUGGUUUGAAGAAAGGAAGAAGAAUUUGUCAACAAAAGCAUCGCCACUGUUUAUGUUGUGUUGCAACAAUGGGAAGAUCAAAUUGCCGGAUAAUAAGUUGCCACCAAAAGAACAAGGCAAAGAACCUCAUUUUGCCCAGUUAUACAUAUACGACACGGCAAAUGAAAGGAACAACCGUAUAAAUGCUGUGAGGGGUAGUGGUGACCAAGAUGACAUUCAUGUAGAAAUAGUGAAUGUCAUUCAGAAAGACCUGGAUGAAAAUAAUGUCUUGGUUAAGUCUUUUCGCAUGGCUAUGUCUGAGUUGGAUAUUAAUCCAUGCGCCGAAGUAAAAAUAAAGUUGUUGGGAAAACGAACUAGAGAUGCGAGGACAUAUAAUCUGCCUCAAGUUUCUGAAGUAGCAGCUUUAAUUGUUGGAGAUCUGGAUACAAGUAUUGGAGAGCGUGAUAUUAUUGUUCAAUCGAAGGGUGGCCACCUACAGAGGAUUACUGAAUUAAAUCCUUCAUACUUACCACUGCAAUACCCUAUUUUGUUUCCAUAUGGCGAAGAUGGUUAUCGGGAGGACAUUGCAUUCGCCGACGUAGUAGGCAGGCGCUCUUCUGGUGGUAGACAGAGGAUUAGCCCCAGGGAGUUUUUUUGCUACCGCAUACAAUCUAGACAGUCAGCUCCGAGUACCAUAUUAUUUGCCAAACGGUUGUUCCAACAGUUCGUUGUAGAUGGCUACACAAUGGUUGAGUCUGGAAGACUAAUUUAUAUAAGGACACACCAAAAAAGCCUAAGGUGUGAGAGUUAUAGUGGAUUGACUGAUGCUUUGACGAGGGGUGAAAUAAGUCCUGCAGCCCAAGGUCGUAGAAUAAUACUACCUUCGAGUUUUACGGGUGGUGCUAGAUACAUGAUACAAAACUACCAAGAUGCAAUGGCAAUAUGUAGAUGGAUUGGAUACCCAGAUUUAUUUAUAACUUUUACAUGCAAUCCGAAGUGGCCUGAGGUGCAACGCUUUUUAAAAGAUCAAAGGUUGAAGCCAGAAGACCGGCCGGACAUAAUUUGCCGCUUAUUCAAGAUUAAGUUGGAUGCUUUGAUAGCUGACUGUCGAAAGAAUCAACUAUUUGGCCCUGUGGCUGGAGUCAUAUAUACAAUUGAGUUUCAAAAGCGAGGUCUUCCGCAUGCUCAUAUAUUACUUUUUCUGGAGAAAAGUAAAGAAGUUAGGCAAGUUCUCACUCUAGACAACAUAAUUUCCGCAGAGAUUCCGGAUGAAAAGAAAGAUGCUGAGUAUUACCAAGCGGUAGAGGAAUUUAUGAUGCAUGGUCCAUGUGGAAAAGCGAGGACAAAUUCUCCAUGCAUGGUAAAUGCGCGAUGCUCUAAACAUUUUCCUAAGAGAUUUGUUGAUAGUUCUACGUUUGAUGACGAUGGUUACCCGGUAUAUAGAAGGAGAGACAAUGGCAGUGUAGUUACAAAGAACGGUAUCGCCUUGGACAACAGGUAUGUGGUACCGCACAAUAGAUAUUUAUUGCUCAAGUACAAGGCUCAUAUAAAUGUCGAGUGGUGCAACCAAUCAAGGUCAAUCAAGUACCUGUUCAAGUAUGUUAACAAGGGUCAUGAUCGAGUAACAGCCGAAUUUUACAAAACAGGCAAUGAUGACGAGAAUGGCAAAGCAGUAGAUGAGAUAAAUAUGUACUAUGACUGUAGUACAUAUCCCCGUGUGAAGCGGUCUGGCGUCUAUGAUGAUGCGGUUGAGAACAUUGUGAAUAGACCUACGAUAGCACAGAGCAUGUUUUUAGAAUGGUUUGAAGCUAAUAAAACAUACCCCGGUGCCAGAGAGCUUACUUAUGUUGAGAUGCCAACAAGAUUCGUUUGGAAGAAAGACCUUAGAAAAUGGCAGCCACGAAAGAAAGGGUUCUCCAUAGGACGUAUAUUCUAUGUCCCGCCAGCUACUGGAAAUCUUCUAUUUGAGGUGUUUGCUCAACAAAGUUUAGUUGAUGAUGACAACGAAUAUGUUGAUGCAAUAGAUGAAGCCAGUCAUUGGGCGUCAGCGGAACAAUUGAGGAGAUUGUUUGUGACAUUACUAAUGAGCAGUUGCAUGGGGAAACCGGAAAUAGUUUGGCACGCCGUUUGGCAACAUCUAUCAGACGAUGCCCAAUUCAAUAUCCGUACACAACUGCAGAACAGAGAGUUUGUGUUGACCGAUUCGCAGAAAAUGAACUUUGCUUUAGUUCAGAUUGAAAAGCUAUUAUCUAAUCAUGGUAAGAGUUUGAAGGACUAUCCUGAGAUGCCAACGGCCAAUUUUGGUGCGUUAAACAUUAUUGCAAAUAGGUUGAUUCAAGAAGAAUUAUCAUACGAUCGUGGAGAACAAGAGAAAGAGAAUCAAGAAUUGGUAAGGCAGUUAACAGACGAACAAAGGGCAAUAUACAAUGAAGUGUUAACUGACGUCGAUUGCCAGCAAGGUGGGUUAUUCUUCGUAUCUGGUUAUGGAGGGACAGGUAAGACUUUCUUGUGGCGAGCACUUUCUUCCGCAUUAAGGUCUAAGAGUCAAAUAGUUUUAAAUGUUGCUUCUAGCGGCAUAGCUUCGCUGUUAUUACCUGGUGGUCGUACGGCGCAUUCCAGAUUUGCUAUACCGAUAUCUGUUAAUGAAGAUUCCACGUGCAACAUAAGGAACGGCAGUGAACUGGCGGAACUUCUUGUGCAAACAAAGCUGAUAAUAUGGGACGAAGCCCCAAUGAUGCAUAAAUUCUGCUUUGAAGCUUUGGAUCGAACUAUGCGGGAUUUGAUGCGCUUCGUAAAUCCAAGGAGUUCUGAUAUGACAUUCGGUGGCAAAACAGUUGUUUUGGGUGGCGAUUUCAGGCAAAUUUUACCAGUCAUUCCCAAGGGUACUAGACCGGAUAUAGUUCGUGCGAGCAUUAGCUCAUCCUAUCUAUGGCAAUCCUGUAAAGUCUUGAGGCUGACUAAGAAUCUACGCUUGAAAAGUGUUCAAUCAGAAUCCGAGUGCAAGGAGAUCGAGGAAUUUGCUAAAUGGAUAGCUAAUAUAGGUGACGGAAUGAUUGGGUGUCAACUGGAUGGGGAGUCAGAGAUUACUAUUCCAGAAGAUUUGUUGUUAAAGUGCGAAGAUGACCCUAUUGCUACAAUUGUUGAUAGCACUUUCCCCAAUUUCCGACUGGGACUUGCCGAUUUGUCAUAUCUUAAUCAUAGUGCAAUUUUAGCUCCAACAUUGGAUGUGGUAGAUGCCGUUAACCAAUACAUGAAUGACCAUAAUCCCGCUGAGAGUAAGACAUACCUGAGUUGUGAUUCUGUGUGUAAGUCAGAUGCCAAUGUGGACAUGUUAGCGGAUUUGCACACUCCGGAAUUCUUGAAUGCAUUGAGAUGUUCUGGAGUCCCAAAUCAUGCGUUGACAUUGAAAGUUGGAUCACCUGUUAUGCUGUUGCGAAAUAUUGAUCACACAUUAGGAUUAUGCAACGGUACAAGGUUGAUUGUUACAAGGUUGGCUGACCAUGUGUUGGAAGGCCAAAUCAUGUGCGGUACAAAUGCAGGAACCAGA